UCAGACGGCAACUAACUGAGGGGUGGGAAGGGAGUGGAACGGGGGCUGUGAAGAGCGCAUUUCAUGAAGGUUUAUAUGUUUUAUCUGUGUAUGUGCAAAACCCGAGGAGAGAUACUUUUAUUCGUAAUUCAAGGAUAAGGUGGAGCUCCGGUUUGACGUGCAAUGGAGGCUUUUUGCGGUUCAAAACUCUCACAUUUUUGGGAUUCUAACCGGACGCUGUACUGGGACACCCCCGACCUUACAGAAUGUUUUCAGAUGUCGGUUUUGUCAUGGAUUCCCUGUAUAUAUCUGUGGCUCACUUUUCCGUUCUACUUCCUGUAUCUCAAGAAAAACAACAAAGGAUACAUCAUGAUGUCACUGUUAAACCGAGUGAAAAUGAUUUUCGCCCUGGUAUUAUGGAUCGUGUGCUGGACCGAUCUCUUCGCCUCCUUUCACGAAAUGCAUCAGGGCACCCACAUUGCACCGAUAUUUUUUGUCACACCUUUGGUGGUCGGCAUGACGGUGCUUCUGGCCACCUUCUUGAUCCAGUAUGAGCGCCUGAGGGGGGUGCAGUCCUCUGGGGUGCUCUUCCUUUUCUGGUUCCUGUCCGUCUUGUGUGCCAUUGUGCCUUUUCGGUCCAAGAUUCUCCAGAUUUCCCUCAAGAACACGGUUGAGGACAAGCUGCGAUUCACCACAUUCUACAUUUAUUUUGGAUUGAUUGUGGUGCAGCUUAUUUUAUCCUGCUUUAAUGAGAAGCCCCCGCUGUUCUCCGGUGUGGUCACGGACCCCAAUCCAUGCCCAGAAUCCUCAGCUGGCUUCCUCUCAACCAUGACCUUCUGGUGGUUUACAAGUAUGGCUAUCAAAGGCUACAAGAAUCCGCUGGAGAACAAAGACCUUUGGUCCCUGAACAAGCAGGACAGCUCAGAGGUCAUCGUGCCGAAGCUGCUGAAGGAAUGGGAGGUGGAGCAGGACAAAGUCCAAAGGGAGGCUCAAGCCUCGUACUCCAAGUCCCCAUUGACCACGGAGGCCAACCACGUUGACAAACCCCAAGCGGAGGCAGAGGUGCUGCUGAUGGAGAAAGGCGAGGCCCAGCAGCCUUCCUUCCUGCGCUGCCUGCUCAAGGUGUUCGGCCCCUACUUUCUCAUCGGCUCUGCAUACAAGCUGCUGCAGGACCUCAUCACCUUCAUCAAUCCCGUGCUUCUCAGCCUGCUGAUCUCCUUCAUAGGCAAUCAGAAGAAGGGCGUCCCGUCUUGGUGGGGAUAUGCGCUUGCCUUCCUGAUGUUCUUCUGCGCCCUGCUGCAGACCCUUAUUCUGCACCAACACUUUCAGUACUGCUUUGUCACAGGGAUGAGACUGCGCACUGCCAUCGUUGGCGCCAUCUACAGGAAGUCUCUUGUGAUCACGAAUGCGGCCAAACGCUCCUCAACCGUAGGAGAGAUUGUCAACCUGAUGUCAGUGGAUGCUCAGCGCUUCAUGGACCUCACCACCUUCCUGAACAUGCUGUGGUCUGCUCCUCUGCAGAUCAUUCUCGCCCUGUAUUUCCUUUGGCAGAAUUUGGGUCCCUCUGUCCUCGCUGGUGUGGCCGUGAUGAUACUGUUGAUCCCCCUCAAUGCAGCCAUUGCCGUGAAGACUAGAGCAUUUCAGGUGGAGCAGAUGCAGUACAAAGACUCGCGCAUCAAGCUCAUGAAUGAGAUCCUGAAUGGCAUCAAGGUGCUGAAGCUGUACGCCUGGGAGAAUUCCUUCAAAGAGAAGGUUCUGGAUAUUCGGCAGAAGGAGCUCCAUGUGCUGCGCAAGAUGGCUUACCUUGGUGCUGUGUCUACUGUGGCCUGGACCAGUGCUCCUUUCCUGGUUGCCUUGACAACAUUUGCCGUUUAUGUGAUGGUGGACAAAAAUAAUGUUCUGGAUGCCGAGAAGGCCUUUGUGUCCCUGGCUUUGUUCAACAUCCUGAGGUUCCCCCUCAACAUGCUGCCGCAGGUCAUCAGCAGCGUCGUGCAGGCCAGCGUCUCUCUGAAGCGUAUUCAGCAUUUCCUGAGUCACGAUGAGUUGGACCUCGACAGUGUGGAUAGAAAGAACACAACUGCAGGUUUCGCUGUGACUGUCGUUAAUGGGAAAUUCUCUUGGGCGAAGAAUGAUCCCACAACCCUUCACAAUAUCAAUCUGAUGGUGCCACAAGGUUCUCUGCUGGCUGUGGUGGGCCAUGUGGGCUGUGGAAAGUCCUCGCUGGUGUCUGCCCUCCUGGGAGAGAUGGAGAAACUGGAGGGAGAGAUAUCCAUACGGGGCUCUGUGGCCUACGUCCCUCAGCAGGCCUGGAUUCAGAACGCCACUUUGAGGGAUAAUAUCUUGUUUGGCCAUGGGUACAAUGAGAGAAAGUACCGCUCUGUCCUGGACGCCUGUGCGCUGACGCCUGACCUAGAGGUUCUCCCGGGAGGUGACAUGACAGAAAUUGGAGAAAAGGGCAUCAACCUGUCUGGUGGGCAGCGGCAGCGUGUCAGCUUAGCCCGCGCUCUGUACAGCGACUCGGACGUGUACCUGCUGGAUGACCCCCUGUCUGCUGUGGAUGCGCACGUGGCCAAGCACAUCUUUGACAAGGUCAUCGGGCCUGAUGGAGCUCUCAGUGGCAAGACGAGAAUCCUGGUAACCCAUGGCAUCAGCUUCUUGCCCCAGGUGGACAACAUCCUGGUAAUUGUGGAUGGCAGGGUUUCUGAGGUGGGCUCCUACCAGCAUCUGCUGAAAGAGAAUGGGGCCUUUGCAGAGUUUCUUAGGAACUAUGCACUUGAAGAUAUCGUCGAAGAGGACGAAUCCUUAGUGGCACUAAUAGAAGAGGAUGAGGAAUCUUUCCCAGAAGAUGCCAUGAGCAACCAUAUAGAUAUGGUGGACAGCGCCCCUUCAGUCAAUGAAGCAAAGAGACAGUUUAUACGGCAGAUCAGCGUGAUAUCCACAGACUCAGAGAACACCAGGAAGAUGUCCAUCCGCACACGACGCCAGAGUGAGAGGAAGCACGUGGAGCCUCCUCCAGAAAAGAAGCGGGAGAUGGCGGAGAAGCUGAUCCAGGCAGAGACGGCGGAGACGGGCAGGGUGAAGUUAAAGGUGUUCUUGGAGUACAUCAAGGCUGUGGGGCCACUGCUGUCCCUUUUCAUCUGCUUCCUGUAUGGCUGCCAGAACGCUGCUGCCGUCGGAGCCAAUAUCUGGCUGAGCCAGUGGACCAACGACGCCCGGAACAACAAUACGGAGGCCUCCAGAGACAUGCGGGUGGGGGUGUACGCAGUGCUGGGCCUCUCUCAGGGUGUGCUGCUUCUGGGCAUCGCUAUACACUGCCGGGCCUACAGCAUGCUGAGGGCGGCCCGCGUCAUCCACCACAACAUGCUCCACGCCAUCCUGAGGGCCCCGCAGGCCUUUUUUGAAGCAACUCCCUCAGGGAGAGUUUUGAACCGCUUCAGCAAAGAUGUGGACACAAUAGAUUGUCUCAUUCCAGAGAAUAUUGAUAUUUGGAUGCGCACUUUCUGGUACACAGCAACCGUGCUGUUAAUAUGCUCUGCCCUCACCCCUAUCUUCUUCAUAGUCAUAGUGCCGUUAAUGCUGUUCUAUUGGUGGGUCCAGGUAAAUAGGAUUGUCGGCUAACUCAUUAAUACAGCAUGCCCCGUGUUGUGUUGUCGUAGUUUAUCACUGCUGUCCUAGUGUUGUAGUAGCUGUGUGGUUUGGUCAUUUAGAUGCUAGUGCGUUAACUUAGUAAAGUUGCAACUCCUUGGUUACUCAUGACUGUUCUUUGAUAACGCACCACCUGGACAGGCUUGAUAAAAUAACGAGAGAACGACUGUGGUCACAGAAAAGUCAUCUGUGACUUCAUUUGUAUUCUACAAAAGGGACGGCUACUGGACAUUGUCUUUUCCUUCUCAAAAACAGUAUCGAUUAUUUUGUCGUGAUUGACCCAUAGUAUUACUGUGAUCAAUGUGAUGAUACUGAUUUUGUUCACACAAAAUUUAAAUAUGAAAAGUAUACAAGCAGGUGGAUACUAAAGAACAGCAGUAUGCUCCAUUGAGGAGGGUUUAUGGCAGUUUUGUUUUUCUUUGUUACUAUCUGCUUUGAUUUUUCAAAUCAGCUAGUUAUUUCUUUCUGAGGAAUAUAUGGGUUUAUUUCAUUAGUCUGACAGGAGAUUAGUCAACACCUUUACCCAUUUGUCCUGUAACAAGUUGUCUUCUUCUGAAUCAGAUACUAAUAUCUUACAGUUCUCAUGGCAGUCAUCUGUAGUGGUUCAGAGCCUCCUCUUGUUUACUUGGCUAACCAAUCAGUCAUUCUUUGGCUUGUAGGAACUGCAGUCCCAUCACAUUUCAUCAAUAAUGAAAUUCAUUAAUUAAGUAGCAAUCUUUCUGGCAUUUACUGAACGAUUUCUCUGUAGUGAUCUUGGAAAUCCAUUCACUAAAAAUGUGAUUAUAAGUAGAAAGCCUUUGGAUAAGAGAACAGACCAGUAGCUGAAGAGCAAAUUUCCAAAACUCACUCAGUCCAUGGGAUGUUUUCAAGAAAAUUUCUGGAGACGUAGUUUUGGAAAUUUAACAAAAGCUUUUCAUUGGAUUGCACAAGGAAUGAGUGAGUUUGGUUCCCAAAUGCCCCAACAUAUGAUGACCAAGCUUUAGGCCUCUUGCAAUUUCAUCUCAAAUACAACAAAAAUGGACUGAGUGAGCUUUGGAAAUUUGCUCUUCAGUUGGAAAAGGUGUUUUUAUAAAUAUCAAGGUAGGAGGUAUAUGUAUCUGCUGGCUUUAAUCUGCAUAUGAUCAUUAUUUACUCAUUUAUUUAUUUAGUACCGCCAAAGGGUUUAAGAUUUAAUCUUUUAUGGAUUUUGUUUGGUAAUUCUAAUGGAUCAACAUGAUAAUUACAAAUUUUUGUCUAAGGGAGCUCCACCAUUAAUUUCUAUUAAGGGCAGUAGUUUCUAUAACAUCUAAUAAGCCUAUUAAUGAUGCAGCUAAUGCAUAUAUUGGAAGCUAUUUCAUAACUGACUCAAAACCAGCUGAACUUCCUCCAAGAGCAGGAUAAUCACAAUUGGUAAAUAUGUAUUUAUAUACUACAUUUGCAAUCCCACCUUCAACUGGAUCAUCAGAAUAGAAUUCAGACAGGUGGAUAGAAGCUUCUAACAAGGUUAGAAGCUUGUUCAUUAUGUCGGAACAUUGUCAUUCUGGUUUUGGGAUUCUAAUAACGAAGAUAUACAGGGAUCCAUUUUACCCCUCUACGCUCUAUCCUUGCUGUCACCCCAUAAAUGGAAAACAUCAUUCUAUUAACAAACCCUUUUAUCACUUUCAUUUCAUUCUUUCAAUCCUUUAACCUUUUAUGCUUUAUCUUUGCAUGAUUGCAUAAACCGCUAUUUGUGGGCUUUUUUCCUUUUGUAGUAAAGGGUGGCAUUCUGAAUAAUUGUUAGUGUUAAAAGAUAUUUAGUUAUUUACAUUUAUGACUGAACAAUGUAUUGCUUACAUGUUAAAAUAUUUCGAAAACCCAAACCAUACACUACAACAUUAAGACAGAAUUAAGUAAUAAUAACAUGAAACUUUUGUUUGGUAUUUAGAGGGAAAAAAAUCCAUCAUAAAAAUAUAAUAAUAUGUAAUAACUGAUUGUUUGAAAGUGUGGGGGUUUGAUACAUAAAACAUUUUGCAAAGUUUUAAUGACUACAUGUCAAAUAAGGUCAGUUCACAAUGUAAAUGAUUUAAAUUAAGAUGCAGCUGUUUUCUGAAUCUCCCCCAAUUGAUAUGUUCCUGUAAUAAUAUAUGGUUCAAUUGUAAUUUUCAUAUUUUCCUUCCAUAGAGAUUUUAUGUGGCCACAUCGCGGCAGCUAAAGCGGCUGGAGUCUGUCAGUAGGUCUCCGAUAUACUCUCACUUUUCUGAAACCAUCACGGGAACUAGUGUGAUCCGUGCAUUUGGGAGACACAGUGCCUUCAUACAGAUAAG